AUGAACCGUGAGAGGGCUAGGGGAAGGAGCAGGUGCUCCUCCGCUUCCCUGGAUGCCGCCCAUGACUCCCUGCCUGGGCUCUCCAGCUCCGGACUGCCCACCCUAAUGGUGUCUCUACUACUGCUGCUGCUCCUGCUGCUACCGCUGCCAGUCCAGCUGUGGAUCCAGCUGGAGGAAUCCUGUCAAUGGCAAGUGGUACUCAACAAGUACGACACCCUGGGAGAGGGCAGUGAAAGAUUUUUCUAUCAAAACCCAGUUUCCACUGUAGACAGAUUCUUCAACAAGCUAGUGGAUUCACCCAUCAACCACAAAGAAAAUUACCUGGGCUUCCCUUACUUCAUGAAGAUUAAUUUCAGCUGCCCUGGAGAGGCUAAAGAAGCCUUUGUCCGUGGGGGCCACCUUAAGGGCCUGUUUCCCAUUGUGCUGGUCACCUUCCACACCCCUGUGAAUUUCCGGAGGUGGAAGUCAGAAAGGUUGCAAAUCCAGAUGGAGGGAGCACCAUUCCGAAUGUCCUGUUCAGCUGAGCAUGCCUGUGCCAUGAGUUGGUACACCCCAAUGCCCAUGAAGAAUGGCAGUGUAGUGAUGGAAGUUGAAAUCUCCAGCAACAAAAUGGGGGAGAUCAUUGGUAAUGCUAGGUACAUGAUAAAUAUCAAUGGGUUUCUGAAACAAGAAAAGGACAAACUGAUCUUUACCCUUGGAAAUGAGGUCAGGCCCAUAAUACACAGGGAUUUCAUCAACACACCAUCUAGACCUGUCUGGGCUACAGUGGACCAGGCUCCUGUGCUAAUCCUCGGGGGGAUUCCGGAUGAGAAGAUGAUUCUCCUCUCUGACUCUAGCUUCAGAGACAUCUCCCUGGUGGAGCUGAACAUCGAUAGCUGCUGGCUGGGUUCUCUUCACUGUCCUCAGGAGCAGUUCACGGCCUCCAUCUUUGACACCAUAUCUACUGAAAGCACCCUCUUCAUCCGACAGAACCAACUUGUCUACUAUUUCACUGGCGACUACUUCCAAGGGCCUGAAAAAGGGCCUGCCACCAGCAAUUGGGUCCGAGUCUUGCAUAGUCGGUGUAUCAAGAAACUUUGUCCUGUGGAACUCCACAGCAAUGGCUCUGAGUACGUCUUGGCCUUGGCUGGGGGCAACGAGGAGGGCUUCUUCCACUUUGGGACCAUCACAGAUGGCAAAGUAACUUUUAAGAGGAUGCCUAAUAUGAGAUCAACGUGUGACUUCCAGAAAGCUCCAGAGUGUUGGCUCCAUUGGGUGGUAUACAACAUGGAAGACGACACUUUCUUCCUUCUCAUGGAGUUUGCUCAAGGCAACAAGACACGUUUCCAGGUUUUAAAGUACUCUCCAGUCACUACAAGCUCCCAUUUGGAUUCGGUCCACUUGCUCUUUCAAAUUCCCCCUUUCAUCCCCAUGGGUGAGGACAUAGAUUUUGUGAUGCUGCUGGGCAUGGAGAAGUACACUGACUACCCCUUGGUUCCCAGGGGUCUGUUCCACAACCCUUUCUCCCAACUGCUGUUCAUUUGGGGCAAUGCUAUUCUGCAGAGCUAUGAUCAUAAGAAUUACAUUUACUUGGCUGGAUUCCCCAAGGAGUCCUCAAUAAAAUACAUGGCCAGCUCCUACAAAGGCCAAGUGGUCUGCGUCACUGAGACUGAGGAGAUCUGGUUCAUUGUUGAAGGCAGCUUCAAAGUGUAUCGUCUGUACCCGUCAGAGGGCUGGGAGAUUAUUUUCAGCCUUUCCCAGAUGGAGGCUUCAGGCCUGUAUUCAACCAAUGAGACCUCAAUCAGUAUCUUCUAUGACAGUAUAGGUCUGCAGCAGCUGGUCUACCUGGUUGACCAGAAAGGGGAAGGGAGGUUGGUGAAAAGACAGCUGCCAGUGAAUCAAAUCUUGGUGUAUCAGCUGCUUGGUCUGACUACCUAUGAGAUCAGUAUUAACACGCCUCUCCCGACCCUCUUCUACAGUAAUCCCUGCCCUUUUGAGCUAAUGCAGCUAAGGGACCUGCCGAACCCACAACGAUAUACACGACUGGAGCGCUAUCGGGCUGAGCCACCCUUUGUGAGCUCUGAGGCUGGCUUCCACAGCAAAGUCUCUUUGGCCAUCUACCAGGGCCUUGUCUACCACCUGCUCUGGCUGCACUCCAAGUAUAAUAAGCCCUAUGCAGAUCCUGUCCAUGACCCUACCUGGCGUUGGUGGAAGGAUAAAAAGCAACAUAAGGCUUUCUAUUCCUAUAAAGCCAGUAACUUUCAGACUGAGUUUGGUGUGUACAUUAAUAUGGACAGCUAUGGCAAGCUUUACAAUCAGAAGGCCAUGGAUUUCCUUCCUGAAUACAUCUACCUGGACAAAGGGACCAUCUAUACCUUCUCCAUUUACCUUGUCACUCCGAAAACUUCCUGGAAAAACAGCUUCCUGGGCAAAAAGAAGCAUUUGCGUCUGGCUGUGAUACUGUCCCACCCCUUGUGUGUGUCAGCAACAGUGGAAGAGAAAUAUCUCAUUAACCGGAAUGCCAUUCUCUUCCAGGUGUCUGUCAAGGACAAACUCAGAUGCUUCGAUCAAAGCAUCAGUGGACACAACCUGAUGAAAACGGCCUUACUCAUCAAGGUGGUCGGCUCAGCUGGGAAGUGCUUUCUUAGAACUCGAUAUGGACAUCUGAUGCAGGGCAAUGACAUGAUCCCCAUGUUCAUCGGCUGUCCCCCAGGCAAGAGGUUGGCUUUUGAUAUCACCUUAACCCUUCAGUACAACAAGGAGACCAAUAGAAGAUACUUUGACUGCGUGUACCCAGACCCUGAAAUGCCUUGCUUCUUAUUCAGUGAUCCUUUCUUCCCUUUCUUCCUGAUCCAAGACAUGGUGACUGGUGAGUCAGGAAGCUUCAAUGGCAGCUAUGUUCUGAAGGUGAUUGGCGGAGGAACUUCCCUGGAAAACAUUGUGGAUUACUCAGAGGCUGACAUCUUCCGCUACAACAGUCCUAAUGACACUACCGAGAGCCUCAUCUGGACUAACAGGGACAACUGGACAGAUAGCCAUUCGUUUAGCAUCCUGCGGUACAACAGCUCUGGCAUUGAGUGGCUGUGUAUGGAGAACUCUCCUUGUCAUGAUAUCAUUCCCAAGCAUAUCUUUUCUCCUGACUUCUAUUUCAAAAUCAUGGUGAGCAACAGGGGUGUGGACACGAGCACCUACUGUGAUUAUCAGCUCAUCUUCAUCCUCCACAUCCAUGGCCUUCCACUCAGCAGUGGCAGGGCCCUCUUUUACCUGUGGGUAUCUCUGACUGUAAAUGUGGGCUUUAUUUUCCUCUACAUCUCCUGGUGCUUCUUCCGGCCACACUUGAAGAAAUGGUGGUCUCUCUUCAAGUGGAAAGUCAAUGAUAUCAUCAUGGCAGAGUCUUUCUCAACAUAUUCAUCAUCUAGCAGUUCUGUCCCUUCCACGGUCAGUUUUAAGGGCAAUGAAUUACAGAGCACUGAAAUGGAACCAAGUCCUUUCCGAAAGCCAAGACCCAAGAAAAAACCUUGA